AUGUUUGUUAAUUUUUGUUUUUGUUGUGGAAGAAAAUAUUUAUUCAAUACUGAGUUUUUUUGCCCUCGGUGCGGGGAACGAAGGAAACGAUCAGAGGAAGAAACAUCAAUUCAAAACAACUUCACUGAAGAAUUGAUUAAGCAUUACUUUCACAAAGGAAUGCAAUACAAAAAAAUUGUUUUCCUGUUAAGUCGCUACCAUGGUUUGGAAAUUAGUGUUAGUACAUUAAAACGUUAUUUAAAUAAAAUGGGUUUAAAAAGAAAAAAUAGAUUAUUUGAAAACACUUCGAUUCGCCGCCUAAUAGAAACAGAGGUGCAAACCUUUGCCGGAAUUAAAGGUUACCGCAGUAUAUGGCACACAUUACGCAUAAGUUACGGUAUCUCCAUCAACAGAGAUGACGUCAUGAACAUCCUCAGGCAAAUUAACCCUGGGCAAUCCGAAAAUAGGAAACAUUGUAAACUAAAACGAAGAGUUUAUAGUUCCCAAGGUCCAAAUUUUGUGUGGCAUGUUGAUGGCUACGAUAAAUUAAAGCCGUAUGGUUUCCCUAUUCAUGGAUGCAUUGAUGGGUUUUCUCGUAAAAUAAUUUGGUUAAAACUUUGCCGAACAAAUAAAGACCCAGUUAUUCCGGCUCAUUUCUAUCUUAAUGCAUUGAAAGAAUUAAAAGUGUGUCCAGAUACUCUGAGAACUGAUUGCGGCACAGAAAACGGCAUUAUUGCAGCAAUACACUCCUUUGUACAUAAUGAUAUCAAUGCACACAAGUACGGCAGUUCGCAGUCUGACCAAAGAAUUGAAAACCUAUGGUCGAACUUGAAAAGGACAUAUACAACAUCUUUUAUAGAAUAUUUUAAAAGAAUGGUUUUUAAUGAUGAUUUAAGACUUGGAGAUUGUUUCCAAAUGGAAUGCGUUUGGUUUAGUUACUCUGAAUUAAUACAAUUUGAGCUUGAUAAAAUGAAAGAGGAGUGGAAUUCCCAUAAUAUUAGAAAGACCCGACAUGCAAAUGUUCAUGGGAUACCAGACGAAAUGUUUUAUUUACCAGAGCUCUAUAACUACCAGCAAUGUGGAGUAAAUAUUAACGAUGACAUUCUUUCCGGAAUACUAAGUCAAAGAGAUAUUCACGCUGAAGCCUACGAAAUUUUGAAUAAGAGCGACUUGCAACUUGUUAACUACUUUAAAGACGUAGUAAACGAAAAAGGACUAAAAAUGCCGCCGAGAAACUGGGAUGAAGCAAGAAAAAUUUAUAACACAAUUAUUUAUCAAGCAAUAUAGUUUCGUGUUUUCAA